AUGGCCACGGCGGGAGGGUUGCGUGUCUCCCCCUCUUCUCCCUCGUCGUCGACUUCUUCUCCCUCAUCUUCCCCUUCUUCUUCCUCGUCGUCGACUUCUUCUCCCUCAUCGUUUCCUUCUUCUUCCCCGUCGUCGCCUUCUUAUCCCUCUCCUGCAUCUUCUGGUCCUUCCCUCUCUUCCGCGGCGCUGUCCUUCCGUACCCGCUCGGCCCUCUGCGCCGCUGAGGGCUGCACUUGGCCACCGAGUGUCUCCCUUUCGCCGAGCUCCCCAGCGAGCGGCUUGGGCCUUCGGGCGACGUCGCUCCUCCGCGAGGGCGAGACCGUCUUUCUCGACCGCGCCUCGCGAGGCUGGUUCUCGCCUCUCUUUCGGCAAGGCGGCCGGCUGGCGUCGUCGGCCGAGUUCGUCUUCCCCGCCUUUUGCUGCCAUUGCAGUGCCCCGCUGCCGCUCCGCAGAAGUCUCCUCCGCGCAAGCAGAAAACCGAAAGGGGGGAACAGGCGCCGCCCCCCUUCAGAAAAGAGACUGCCGAGAAAGAAGGGAGGAGAGAUCAACAACAAAAGCGACGAACAACACGUAGACGGAAGUUUUAAAGUGGAGGAAGCAGGCGCGGCAGGUGGAGAAGAAGAGACGGGCACAAGGCAGGCAGAAGAGCGACACAGCACGGACACGGAGUACCACAGCCGCCUCUGUGUCGGGUUCUCGCCUGCGUACGCCGAGCUUUUGCGACGCGCAGCAGAGGCGGAUAACGAGUACUAUCUGGUCGCGGCCAAGAUGUUUGCUGGCGUCCGUUGCCUGCGCCUCCCUGCCUCUGCGAGCGCGCGAUCGCCGGGAGGCGGCGACAAAGAGGGAGAAGCCGAAGGACGUUUCGCGGAGGCUCAAAGUGAGCACUUGGACGACGCGAGAGGAACUCGACCUGCCUGUGACUCGCCUCCGCGAGGGAACUCAUCUACUGAAGAAAAGUGGAAGGAGCGAGGCGGAGAGAGAACUGGAGACAGAAGAACUGGAGGCGCGCAGGAGAGGACGACAUGCGAAGAGUGCGAAGGUUUAGGUGCCGACGCUGACGGCUGUGGACGUUUGAGCGAACACGAGCGAAAAGACGAAAGCGAAGAGUGGAUUGUGCCAUGGGCAGGAUGGCACCGCCGGCCGUGGUGGGAGACGAUGAAGAGGCCGCACUACGCAGUUUCGUCCACGACUGAGGCAGAAGACGAGGCCCAGGAGGAAGAGACGAGCGGAGACGAUGGAGACGGAAGGCUGUCUCCCAUUGGACUGUCGAACGAGGUAGCUUUUGUGUCUUCGAAACCCGAACAAGAUAAGGCGAAAAAAUCGAAAGUGAUGACCGAGGGGGGAGAAGGUAAGGACGAACCGGAGGCAGAGGAACCGGGAAGAGAAGAUGAAGUGCAAGACGAUGGAGAUAGCGAAGAGCCGGCGAAGAGCCCGGCGACGAAGUCGGUUGCCGGGUGUUCCCUUGAGAGUUUUUUCCGCGCGCAAAUCAGAAAGCAAACGCAAGAUAUCCUCGAGCUUCUCUCGAGGCUCCUUCCGGAAUUGAAGGCAGCUGGCGUUUUGACUCUCGACAGCUUUGCCGACGUGAUCGGUCUCAUUCGCAUGAACGCCACUGCGUAUCGUGUAGAUCACCACGAGCUCGCGAGUCUCCUGGAGACCGAGGCAACGCGGCGAGGGAAGAAGAAAAAGAAGAGCGAGAAGAAAGAGAGGGGGAACGACGAGCAGAAGGAGCGAAAGGAGGAGUAUGAGAAGCAAGAGGCCGAGAAGACGACGCACCCGGAGGCGGUCGUAGAGAGGCGAAAGGAGACGAAAAGCGGAGCGAGAAGGCAAACAUGGACGGAGUUCAAGAAAGGACGCGCCAAGGAGAGGAGGCGUGGCGAAGCGAGCGGAAGCUGCGGAAGGGGCGUCAGCGCUUUGCACGGGACAGGCAACCGACGAAGAGAGUCUCGCGUCCUGGAAGCCUGCGAAAACGGAACUGCACGCGGAUGCGGCGGGGACAAUCGCCGAAAGAGGAAAGAAAACGCACCCUGCUCAUCGCUGUGUUCAGUGGAAGGCCUGGCGCUUUUCCCGAUUCAAAGCUGCAUUAACCACUCGUGUUUGCCAAACUGUCGCUGGUUCUACGAGGAAGAACGGGAAGUUGUCGAGAGAAGGCCAGCAAAGGAAAUCCCUGGAGACCGAGCGAGGAAGCGAGAAAGCAAGGCCUCGGGAGCACGCCUGGCGCUCGCUGGCGUGUGGUGUCCCCCCUCCGAAGCCCUUGGCACGGAAGGUCUGAAGCCUCGCAGUGGCGAAGGUCGAGACACGGCGACCGCAAACGGAGACGCGUGGGAGCCCCGCUCGGGGCAAGAAGCGUCGGCCCUUCUCAGUCUGUUUCCUCUGACUCCGAGUUACUUUUCUCUGGCAGUUGUUGCAUGCAGACCCAUUCUGCCAGGAGAAGAAAUCACUGCCGACUAUUUUCGGCCGUGCGAGGCACGCGCGCCAGGCGCGCGUCGCGAACUGCAUGCAGGCUCGUCACUGCGGCCUGAUGUUUCGCCUUCCUUCCAUAAAGGCGAAACCGAAACGGCCGCGAUCGGAGCAGCGAGCGUGGAGAAACGCGAGGCGACUGAAAGAGAACCUCGGGCAUCAGUUGAGGCAGGGGCAGGCAGACAGGGAAGAGCAAGUGAGGCCGCUGGAGAUGCGAACGGAGAAGAGAAAGCUACGAAGCGAGGAGCGACGCCGUGCCUGCGCGUGGCACACCAACAAAGCGACGAGCAAGGAGAAGGGGGACCGGGAGACAGGCAGGAAGGACGGAACAACGGAGGAAGCGAAGCUUCAGGAGACAGUGAAUCUCCGCGCGCGGUGGAGGGGAGUCUCGAACUGCCUCCGUUCCUCCAGCAUCGAUACGAGUGCAUGACUCAUCAGUACGGAUUCAAGUGCUCGUGCACGCUCUGUCGCAACGCCGCAGCUGGAUGGCGUCUGAUUCUCGCGGGGGCUCUAACUCUCCAGGACUGCGAGGAUUUUGCUAGGGAGCGCAAGUUGAGACUGAUCGAAGAACACUGA